AUGUCAUUAGAAGAAAUUGAUUCUCAUGAUGACAGGAACGCGCCGUUGAGACAUACAAUAUUCAGUUUCAUUGAUUAUGUAAAAGAACAAGAAUUUGUAGAAAGAUCGUAUGAUGAAGGCGAAUUCAAGAAGUAUUAUUGGGUUUUCCCUAAAAUAUGCUCUAUUUUCAUUAACGGAAUCUCAUUUGAAGACCCACAAAAACCAUUUACAAAAUUUGACCAAGUUUUAACGGCUUAUCUAUCGAAUAUGUACAAGACACAAUUUCUAAUUGAUAGAAUGACCAAAACCAUGAUAAGAACAGCCCAUUUCAUGGAAGAAUCGAAUUAUUUAUUUGUUGUUUUCAACAAAUUCAUUACUUAUCAAUAUGAUUUCCCAUUAUUCAGAUUCUUUAGUGCUAUUAUCGAAUAUUCCAUCAUAUAUUCUCAGCCAGAUAUUGCAGAUUUAGUUUCUAAUGAGCAAAUCACUCCGGAAGGAUCCGUAAUCACCAUAACUACGGAUGAUGCAGUCAGCGUUCAUCAUGCUUUGUUCCCAUUCUGGCAGCCAUGUCAAGAAUUCUUCACAGAAACGAAAACAAUUGAUUAUUGGAAGUUUUUGGAUAUUUUGAUCGAAGAAUACAUAAAAGUAAGGUUACAUGUAUUAGCAUUUAUCAAGCAUGGCCUUCUUUUAUCAGGUUGUCAAGAUUUUAAGCAUAUUACGUACCAAAACUUCCAAAAUUUCGUUUCUAUUACAUUUCCAGAAGAAUGCAAUGGAAAUCCGAAGGCAGAAUGGAAGGAAUUACUCAUUAGAUACAAAGCUCUUGAAAAUCAGGAUUCUGAAACGAUAGAUAGCGAAUGUAUCAUCAGUUACAGCGUUUCUAAGGAUACAAUGAUCAUUUCCAUGAUGAGAACGAACACACAUCGCAAUUUCUCAGCGAUUUAUUACGAUUGGAACAUUUCCAUGCUGAAAGUUCUCAAUUUCAUCGUAAAACGGUUAACAGUUUAUGUUCCUGCUCUUAAGAAACUCCUUCCUCAGCAUGUAGAAAUGCUAAAUACUGCAGGAGCUGACAUAAGAUCGGCUUUGUUUAUGGGAGACCUUUCUAGUGCUGUUGCGUAUUACAGAAAAAUGCUGCAUGAUGUUGAUUCCAUAUUUGUUUAUGAUUUUACGAAUCUUAAUGUGACAAAUAACUCAUCUGAUAAAGAUAUUGAUGAUUUGAUCCAACAUCUCAAGUUACAUGAAGUUGUUGUUGGAAUUAUUAAUAAUGAAACACAAUCUUGA